AUGCCGGCGCUUGAUCCACACAAGAACACACGCGAGGAGUUCACGCAGUACGCACUCAGCCAUCCUGUUCCUGACAAUGCCCACAAAGACUGGCUCAAGGAGUUCAACUAUAUGAUGGCGCUCGUCCCGAAACUUGCAUACCACCCCGCGAUGGCGCCUAAUCUACAGCAGACGUACAUGACUCCAGCUGCGGAGAAGAACAGUGUCUACUUCAUGUGGGACUUUGUGUCGCGCACACUCAGCAACCUAUACAACCAAGUCGACCCGGAGCUCAAACUCGAGACCAGGGCAUCGAAGAACGCCUGGAAUGAUGUCCGUAGCAGAGGAAUGAUGGCCACGGAAUUGAUACUGGACACUACACCGGGGAUGUUAGCCAUGAUGACUGGAUCAGCAUACCCCGAACAGAAGGACAAAGAACCUGCAUUUGGAGAGGACAUCCUAGAGCUGUGCAGAAAGUACAAAACCAAGUAA